CCAGAGCCCAGAUUAGGAGGAGGAGCCUCAGUGGAGGAAGUAGCUCCACAGCUUGGAUGUGUGUGUAUGUGUGUAUGAAGAGCAGUUACCUCCAUAGUGAGAGUGUCGCUAACCACUGGAUUGUUAACGCCAAAAAAGACAAGAGGAAACCUACACGCGGAGUUAAACCUUAUAGCUUUUGUAUCUGACUUUCUUGAGGCACAGGUUGAAGCCGGUCCCAGAAGCGAGGCAUUAUGCAUUCAGACUGCAGGCUGCUAUGGGCAGAGCGGUAAUGGUGGGCAGGGGACCGACAGGGGCCGGGGUUCUCGUCCUGUCGAUUCUCAUCAUCCUCACCACGGAGGGCUGUCGAGCGCAGAAAGGUGAUGGCUGCGGUCCCAGUGUGCUUGGCCCCAGCAGUGGGACUCUGUCCUCUCUGGGUUACCCGGGGACGUACCCCAACAACACGGUGUGCGAGUGGGAGAUCAGCGUGCCCCGCGGCGACAGGAUCCACUUUCGCUUUGCCGAGCUGGACAUAGAGGACAGCGACUGCCAGGUCAACUACCUCCGCCUUUACAACGGCAUCGGACCAGAGAGGAGUGAGAUUGUGAAGUACUGCGGUUUGGGUCUGAAGGUCCAAGAGCUGAUCGAGUCCACUGGAAACCAGGUCACCGUCCAGUUCAUGAGUGGGACCCACCAUACCGGACGAGGAUUCUACCUGUCCUACUCCACCACUGAACACACAGAUCUAAUCACCUGCCUGGACAAAGGAACUGAUUUCCCCGAGGCAGAGUUCAGUAAAUACUGUCCGGCUGGCUGCUUGACAUCCACAGAGGAGAUUUCUGGAACUAUACCAAAUGGCUACAGAGAGUCCUCUCCUCUGUGCCUGGCAGCCGUCCAUGCAGGUGUGGUGUCCAACGCUGUGGGAGGGAGGAUCAGCGUGGUCAACAGUAAAGGCAUCCCUCACUAUGAAGCCACACUGGCUAACAACGUCACGUCCACUGGAGGAACUUUAUCAAACAGCCUCUUUACCUUCAGGACCAACGGCUGCUAUGGGACUCUGGGUUUUGAGUCAGGUGGUGUUGCGGACACUCAGCUGUCUGCGUCCUCAGUCUGGGAGUGGAACAACAUCAUCGGUCAGCACAGUGUGUGGGCGCCAUCAGGGGCUCGGUUAAAGAAGGCCGGGCUGCCCUGGGCACCUUCUCAGAGCAACCAAAAUCAGUGGCUGCAGGUCGAUCUCAAGAGAGAGAAGAGAAUCACAGGCAUCAUCACCACGGGCUCUACGCUGAGAGAGUACCAGUACUACAUUUCAGCAUACCGGGUCAAGUACAGCAACGACGGCCAGCAGUGGUACAUGUACAGAGAAGCUAAUUCUACACAAGACAAGAUUUUCCAGGGCAACAUCAACUACCUGCAUGAGGUGAGGAAUAACUUCAUUCCUCCGAUUGAAGCCAGGUUCGUGAGGAUAAAUCCAGCCUCAUGGCACCAGAGGAUCGCGCUCAGGUUGGAGUUGCUCGGCUGCCAGAUUCCAAUGAGGAGGAGGACCGAGCCGUCGCCAAGGAUGUUUAACCCUCCUGGUAAUUCUCCAACUUUCAGGGGAACAAAACAUCCACCUCACCUCGGCCAAACCACACACACCCCAGACAUCAGAAACACGACCAUGCCUCCUCACACAAGCAAAGAUGUGGCGUUGGCAGCAGUUCUGGUCCCUGUGUUGGUCAUGGCUCUGACUGCUCUCAUCGUGAUUGUGGUUUGUGCCUGGCACUGGAAGAACAGGAAGAAGAGCUCUGAAGGGACGUAUGAUCUCCCUCACUGGGAUCGCACAGACUGGUGGAAAAGCAUGAAGCAGCUGUUGCCCUCCAAGAUGGUGGAGGCCGAGGAUUCAGUUCGGUACAGCAGCAGUGAGGUGGGCCGGCUCACAGGGCGAGGAGCUGUACCUAGACUACAUGCUGAACCUGCAGAGUACGCUCAGCCCCUGGUCAGUGGUGUAACAACAUUAGGUGCCCGGUCUACAUUUAAACCAGAUGAGGGGCCUGACCCUGGGUACUCGGAUCCAGACCUGUACGAUGCUCCAAUCUCACCAGAUGUCUACCACGCCUAUGCAGAACCUCUUCCGGCUUCUGGAUCUGAAUACGCUACACCCAUCAUUGUAGAUAUGGGCUGCCAUCCAUCUGGGAACUCCACAUUGAACCAGCCCUCCACAGUGUGUAGCUUCAUGGGUGCUGGGGCGACCUCCCUGCUCACACAGACGGACAGCACCCACUCAGGGAGGUCCGCCUAUGAUACACCCAAAAACGCCACUGGACAGGCCACGCCCCCUGAGGAUAUGACCUAUCAGGUACCUCAGAAUAAGCCAUCAGGACAGAGCUGAAGAGCCUGGAUGCACAUGGCCUUAAUCUGCCCCUCUCCUCCAACACAACCCGAUGGACAGAGAUGGAGGGCUGUUAAAGGAGGAGGAGUGAACCUGUGAGCCCUCAGAGGAGGGAGGGCCUCAGUCUUGAAUGAACACUACCUUAGCUUUAGAUUCAUCUGGAGAUGUCUGUAUUGCCUUAAUGUUUCUGCAUGGCCACAAUCUGCUUGUGUAGUGCCAUUACAGUCCUAUCACUGAAACCACAACGAUGAAUGUGUUUGAGGUGGAGACAAGAUGGAUGAAUGGAUGGAUGAACAGAGGGAGGAUAAAAAGGAGAAAGCUGACUACUAUUUGAAAAGACUGUGUCCCUGUUCUGUGAUUCUUUAGUAGGUUGUUUUUUUGCAUUCUGUGAAACUGUGAUUUCCAUUAUUUCAUUAUUGUUCUGUUACAAAGUGAACCAGGCUUGGCUGAAUGUGCCUCAUGAGUCACAAAGCAAAGGGUUUUUCUUAUUGAAUUUACUUCAUGUUGCAUCAAGUAACCCACAUCCAAGGUCCAAGAAUUCCACCUUUCUAGUUUUCCAUGGUACGUUCAUUUUUUUUUUUGUCUUUUUUCUUUAAAAGCAUGACUUGAAAUUGUGUAUAGUUCUUUAAAUUCCAUUACUGCAAACCUGUUCGAACUCUCAGAUGAUUUAUUUAUUUUUAAUUCACAUCCUGCUGAUAAGGAGAAACUCUUGGUAAAAACAGGCCCACCGCUCUUCUCACUGGUUACAGAACACAUCAUUUGGGGUUGCACUGUUGUGAAAACUGUACUGACAGAGAGUAGAUACUACGUAGAUAUGGUUUGUUGACUUGAAAAGACCGAUCUGGUGAAAUUCCCCUUUUUAAAAAGAAAAACAUUUUUUGACAUACUCAAGACCAAAUGUUUCCUUUUUCUGUGUUUCUGCGAUGUAAAAUCACAACAGAGCCAACUUUCAUUAUAGUGCCUACAGUUUAAUUUAAGUAAGCAUGACCGCAGUCUUAAGGUAGUUUUUUAAAGGUACAGAGUAAAGAGUUAAAAAGGUGAAUCUGUUACAGGUGAUGAUUUUAAAGUUUCCCUCACGUCUGUCCUGAACUUAUAGAUUUUAUUUUACUCGUGCAUCGUGGUUAUCGUCUCGUGUUUAAAAGGGUGUUUGGUCUGUUCUGAUACAUUUGAGUGUUCUCUUCUUGUUACUAUGUGCAUCAAAAUCUGUAUGCGUGUGUGGUAAGCUGUGUAAGUCCUGUGUUUUUUCGUGUCUUAGGACUGUUUUUUUUUUUUUAUACAAGCGUCUAGUUGUAGUUGGACGUAUUGAAACGUCUGUAGCACCGGUAGACUGCAUUCCUCUCCUGUGGUACUGAUCUGACCAAAAGCUCUGUGGCAGGAGCGCAGAGGGAGAACAAAAAGAAAAAGGAACAAGCUGCUUCUUGUAACACGACAGAAAAAGCAACCCCUCCAUUUGUGGAGGAUGUUAAAUCACACAGCUGUGUCGCCAAUCAUGCUUUGGUUAUGAUCAAUAAUUGAGGCCUUCGUUACACAGUUUGGUGCUCCCUGGUCACAGAGGGAUUGUGUUUAUGUGGCGCUCACUGAUUGUAUAUAGAGAAAUAAAGAGUUUUUAAAAGAA